AUGGCUUCCAAUGGCGUGCCAGAGCUGCCAGAAGCUGCCAACAAACCACCCGAGGGUACUGUGCUCCCACCGAAAGAUAUCCGCGCCAUCAUCGAGAAGACCGCUGGCUACGUCGCAAGAAAUGGACCUGUUUUUGAAGACCGCAUUCGCGACAAGGAACAAGGAAAUUCGAGGUUCUCCUUCUUGACGCCCGCCGAUGCCUAUGCGCCCUUUUAUCAGUGGCGGCUCUCCGAAGUCCGUUCUGGUCGUGGUACAGCUGUGUCUGCAGGUCGCGCGGGAGACUCAACACCUGCACCGCAAAAGCCUAAAGGCCCCGAGCCUCCACCAGACUUCCACUUCUGCGCCCGAGUACCGAACAUCAGCGCGCAGGAUUUGGAGGUCGUCAAGUUGACUGCGUUACAUGUUGCGCGGAAAGGCAAGAGCUGGAUGACUGCUCUGUCGCAAAGAGAGGCGAGAAACUAUCAGUUCGAUUUCCUUCGUCCACAACAUUCGCUAUACAACUUCUUCCAGAGGCUAGUCGACCAAUAUACCACCUUAUUACAGACAGGACCAGACGGACAGAAAGCUGAGCAGGCCCGGAUACAAGCUCUACAAGCUAACGUCCAGGACCGAUUCAGAGCACUGAAUCUGGCCAGGAAACGCGCGGAGUACCUCAAGUUUCAAGAGUCGCAGAAGCAGAAGAAGGAACAAGCGCAAGAGGCAGAGAGGAUCGCGUAUGCACAGAUUGACUGGCAUGAUUUCGUGGUGGUCGAGACCGUGCUGUUCACAGAGCAAGACGACCACACCGAGCUGCCUCCACCAACGACGCUGAACGACCUACAGAGCGCCAGUCUCGAACAGAAGGCGAUGAUGAGUCUGUCCAGAACCGAUCGGAGGAUCGAGGAAGCCAUGCCAACCGACGAUAUGGCAAGUUACGCGUACAACGGUUCGUAUCAGGCCGCUCCUGGCCAAGACUACGGCUACGCUCCACCUGUCUCUGCAGAUCAACCAGCCUAUGCACCUUCGCCGCAACCUCCAGCGCAAGUACCGACGCCGCAACCCGUAUAUUCACCUGCUCCGCCGGGUGUACCAACGCCGCCUCGAGCAACUGCAUCACCCGCACCAGUGCCGGGUCAGCCACCUAUGCGGAUACGACAAGACUAUGUGCCCCGCGCCCAGCAGAGGGCAGCCCGGGGAGCGACUGGUCUAUGCCCAAAUUGCGGUCAACAAAUUCCAUUAUCGGAGAUGGAACAGCAUCUUCGGAUCGAGCUUCUAGACCCCGAAUGGAAGAAGCAACAAGCCAAAGCAACCGCUCGGUCUGCCACCACCAACCUUGGCGGAACCGAUGUCGCAGCGAACUUGAAGCGACUCCGCGAGCGGACUGGUGGAGGUGGACCUGUCGAUCCCGUUGCCGAGGCCGCCAGCCGGGUGUUAGCAGAGCAAGAAGAGGAAGAGCGGCGCAAAAAGAUCCGACUGGAGGGAACGGGCGGAGAGGCUGUUGCAUAUACGGGGGCCACGCCCUCGACUGGUCAGCAACCGCCGGGCAGGAAUAUGAGCGUUGAAGAACAGAUCCGACUCAUACAUUCAAAAGCGGGCAAGACGUGA